AUUCCCAUGGCCCGGGCUCUGGCAUCCAACCUGCUGCCGCCGCGGCCCAGCCGAGCGGAGAGCGCCGCGCGCAGAGCACACACGCUCGCGCUCAGCUCCGCUCCCGGGGCGGUUCAUGAGCGCGCGCUCCGACUGCAGCCUCCGCGAUCCCGCGCUGCCGCCGCCCGCCGUCGCCAGGGUCCCCCGGGGUGGGAAGGAAGGCAGGAAGGCCGUCGCGGCCGUGCGCUCCGUGAAGCCCGCCACCCCUGUCCGCAGCCCGCUGCCCGGACCGGCCUGGCACCAUGCUGCCCGCGCGCUGCGCCCGCCUGCUCACGCCCCACUUGCUGCUGGUGUUAGUGCAGCUGUCCCCGGCUCGCGACCACCGCACCACCGGCCCCAGGUUUCUCAUAAGUGACCGUGACCCUCAGUGCAACCUCCACUGCUCCAGGACUCAACCCAAACCUGUCUGCGCCUCCGAUGGCAGGUCCUACGAGUCCAUGUGUGAGUACCAGCGAGCAAAGUGCCGAGACCCAACCCUGGCUGUGGUGCAUCGAGGCAGAUGCAAAGACGCUGGCCAGAGCAAGUGUCGCCUGGAGCGGGCUCAGGCCCUGGAGCAAGCCAAGAAGCCCCAGGAGGCGGUGUUUGUCCCGGAGUGCGCUGAGGAUGGCUCCUUUACCCAGGUGCAGUGCCACACUUACACAGGGUACUGCUGGUGUGUCACCCCCGACGGGAAGCCCAUCAGCGGCUCUUCUGUGCAGAAUAAAACUCCUGUAUGUUCAGGUUCGGUCACCGAUAAGCCUGCGAGCCAGGGUAACUCAGGAAGGAAAGAUGACGGGUCUAAGCCGACACCCACGAUGGAGACCCAGCCGGUGUUCGAUGGAGACGAAAUCACAGCUCCCACUCUCUGGAUUAAGCACUUGGUAAUCAAGGACUCCAAACUGAACAACACCAACAUAAGAAAUUCAGAGAAAGUUCACUCGUGUGACCAGGAGCGGCAGAGUGCCCUGGAAGAGGCCCGGCAGAACCCCCGCGAGGGCAUUGUGAUUCCCGAGUGUGCACCUGGGGGGCUCUAUAAACCAGUGCAGUGCCACCAGUCCACUGGCUACUGCUGGUGUGUGCUGGUGGACACCGGGCGUCCGCUGCCGGGGACCUCCACACGCUACGUGAUGCCCAAUUGUGAGAGUGACGCCAGGGCUAAGAGUGCGGAGGUGGAGGACCCCUUCAAGGACAGGGAGCUGCCAGGCUGUCCAGACGGGAAGAAACUGGAAUUUAUCACCAGCCUACUGGAUGCCCUCACCACUGACAUGGUGCAGGCCAUUAACUCAGCAGCGCCCACUGGAGGUGGGAGGUUCUCGGAGCCAGACCCCAGCCACACCCUGGAAGAGCGCGUGGUGCACUGGUACUUCAGCCAGCUGGACAGCAACAGUAGCAGCGACAUCAACAAGCGCGAGAUGAAGCCCUUCAAGCGCUACGUGAAGAAGAAAGCCAAGCCCAAGAAAUGCGCCCGGCGUUUCACUGACUACUGUGACCUGAACAAAGACAAGGUCAUCUCACUGCCCGAGCUGAAGGGCUGCCUGGGUGUUAGCAAAGAAGUUCUUCACAGAAAAGCUUGCUGCCCUUGUUCUGGACGAAUCCCUGCCCAGUGAGUAAGAGGAAGCUGAGCUGAAAAGUCGUGGAAGGGAGGAGUGUUCUGAACUGAGGCAAGUGAAGAGUGAGGCUGUGGAGGUGGGGAAGGAGAGUUUUAGAGGAGCUGAAGGACGUCAGGGUGACUGGGAUGCAUGUUUAGGGUGGAAGGGGAAGGCAGCAGGAGGUAAGGAUGAUAGAGUUUAAACUAUAUAAGGUCGAUGGGAAGCUGUUGAAGGGACUCAGUCAGAGAAACGAUAGCAUCAGUUUUGGUUAAAAAAAAAAAAUUCUUCCAAUGCAGUGUGGGAAAUGGAUCGGGGGAUGACUGAGGGCAGAGACCCAAUAGGAGGCCGGAGCACCGACCAGGCAGGAGAUGAUGGAGGCCUGAGUUAGGGAAAACCCAGUGGGUUUGUAGAGUACUGGGGGAGGUGACUGGGUAGGGCUUCAGGGCUUGGUGAUCGAGUGCAGAGAGGGAUGAGGGCUGGCGUGGGCAAUUGGAGGGUGGGCCAUUCACUGAGACGGGCAGCAUGGGAGGAAGAGAAGAGCAGGUUGGGGUGGGGGAAAGAUAACAGACAUGACUUGGACCUGUCAAGUUGGUUGCACCCCCAAAAUUAGAGAGUCACAGUGCAGGUGAAGGGUCUGGGCCGAUGAUGCCGAUUUGGGUAAUUCUGACUUGUUUGGUGCAGAGAACUGCCUUGAAACAGACAUAAGGGCUUUUCCUUGUUCUAACCCUUGGUUGAUAGGGUAAACCCAAAAGGUAGCUGGGGAGGUGGCUGAGGUACCCAGUCUUGGGAUCUGGCCCUGGUUCUGGGAUGUGUGGCCCUGGGUGAGUGACCUGUACUGGCCCUGGUUCUGGGAUGUGUGACCCUGGGUGAGUGAUGCUCAUCCCCAAUCCAUUUCCCACAUUGCCCCAGAAGAACUUUUUCUUAACCAAAACAGAUGCUAUCGUUUCUCGGACUGAAUCCCUUCAACAACUUCCCAUUGCCCUUAUAUAGUUUAGACUCUCUCACCUUCUGCUGCCUCCCCUCUCCUUCCAUCUCUAAACAUGCAUCUCAGUCACCCUGACGUCCGUCAGCUCCUCUAGGCAGUCCUGUCUGAUGAGGAUUCCUCUCUGUGCUCCCUCGACUCUGAGUCCCCAGGACAUGGUGCAGCGUCAUGGGUCAAACCCUGCUUCAGCCACAGACCAGCUCUCUCAUCCAAGUCAAACUACUCAGCCAUCCCAGAUUUCCGUUUCUUCAUCUGUAAGAUGGAAAUAACCAUAGUAUCCACCUCACAGGGCCAUUGUGCCGAUGCAAUGAGAUAGCGAGUUAAAGCAGUUGCCGAAGGCAUUGGGGGACCUCCGUGGUGGAGGCCUUGAGGGACCUCCAUGAAAGUCCCAUAGAUAAUACUAUUCUUCAUGAGACUGUUGCAGCUGUCAGAAGCACUGAUCACACUGCAUCCAGUCCAUGCUCCCGAUUCUCCCCUGCCAUCAUGGGUGUGCCUUCUCAAUUCCUAACCUCAGGCACAGUGCAUUAGAUCCUGGUCAAAUGACGAAGGGCUGGGAGAGGGACAUCCUGUGUGGUAGCAUUACGCUUUGGCACAUGUAGAAUCUGUGCCCAUUUCUCAGAGCACAAGCUGGGGGCCAGUAUUGGAAAGAGACUACCCAGUGUUUGCGUUGACCCCCAGGCCCACCUGGAGCACUUCUGGGCUCAGUAGGUUCAGAAUCACGGAGCUCCACCAGCACUCUGCCCUUGGUCCGCUUCCUGUGCUGGUAGUUAAGGUCUACAUGGCACACAGCAGCUAGGGGGAGGCUGGGUGUGCUGACCUCAGGUCCACGCAGCUCGCGGAGGCCUCCGGGCUGCCCUCUGAAGCUUUGCCAGGCACCAGGUGCGCAGGACCCAAAAGAAGCAGGCAUCCCUGGCACUUCCCAGCUCUGUAAUCUUUAGCAAGCUACCCAAAGUCUCUGAGCCUCAAUUUCCUCAUCUGCAAAGUGGAUAUGACAGCAUCUGCUUCACAGAUUUGGUGUGAAGAUUUAACAAGCUGGUGCCUGGUUUGCGGUGAAUGCACAGAAGAAAUUAGAAAUAGUCGAGGAACACAAGAGGCAGUGGUAAAGAGCUCUUCUGCCAACGCAAGAGAUGUAAAAGACCCAGAUUUGAUCACUGAGUCAGGAAGAUCCCCUGGAGGAGGA